AUGGCUACAUCCACCAAACCAACCCUUCCAUGGAAGCUUCGCCUAAUGACUUCUCUCCUCUCCCACCUCCUCAACGCCUCUCGACGCUCGAACGGCACCGUCAACCGUCGUCUCUUCAACCUCUUCGACCGCCAGCUCCCUCCCAGCCCCAGCCCUAUCGACUCCGUCAUCACCUCCGACGUCACAGUCGACGCCACGCGCAACCUAUGGUUCCGUCUCUUCUCCCCCUCGACCUCCACCGCUACUGCUACCCUCCCCGUGAUCGUCUUCUUCCACGGCGGCGGCUUCGCGUUCCUCUCCCCGGCCUCAACCGUGUACGAUGCCGUCUGCCGCUCCUUCUGCCGUUCCUUCAACGCCGUCAUCGUCUCCGUUAACUACCGGCUCACCCCUGAACACCGUUACCCCUCCCAAUACGACGAUGGUUUCGACGUCGUUAAAUACCUCGACGAAAACGGCGCAGCUUUGGGUAACGUUGGGAAGUGUUUUUUGGCGGGUGAUAGUGCGGGCGGGAACAUAGUUCACCACUUGGCGGUUCGGGUUUGUAAAGAGAGGCUCCGGUUCGUGAGAGUACUGGGAUUGGUUUCGAUUGAACCGUUUUUCGGAGGGGAAGAGCGAACCGAAUCCGAGAACCGUCUCAAGCAAGACCCAUUGGUUUCGUUGGAUAUAACUGAUUGGUAUUGGAAGGUGUUUUUGCCAAACGGGUCGGACCGUGAUCACGAAGCGGUUAAUGUGAGUGGCCCCAAUGGGGAGGAUAUUUCGGGUUUGGACUAUCCAAAUACACUUUUGAUUGUGGCGGGUUUUGACCCGUUACAGGAUUGGCAAAGAAGAUAUUACGAAUGGUUAAGGAAAUCGGGUAAGGAUGUUGAAAUAAUGGAAUACCCGAAUAUGAUUCAUGGUUUUCACUUGUUUCCGGAUUUACCCUCCACUCCUCUGUUUCUUUCUCACGUCAACGAUUUCAUCAAGAAGCAAGUGGCUGGUAACUAA